AUGAGACAAGAAGGUUGGCUCCGGUUAAGCGUAGGCCACGAGGAGGAAGUUAAACCGGAUCCAGACCAUCGGCAACAACAACAACAAACCGAUCCAACGGCUACGAGAGAUUCUUUUCUCGAGCUUAACCUUUUCUCUGGUGGUUCAAAUAGAGAAGAAGAUCAAGUUGGUCUUCCAUUAUCAUCUCUCUUUCAACAUCAAUCUGGAGGAGGAAUGAUGAUUAGUCCAUUGAUGUUCCCUACAAGACCCGAGGAGAUGAAAGUCAUCAUCAUCUGCUUCUUUGAUGAUGCCAUUGAUGGGACCGUACUUUGGUCGCUCCAAUUCUCAACCGCAGUUUAUAGGGAAUAA